AUGCCGUCCCCGCUGCCGCCCACCCGGGUGCCGCUGGCGGAGCGUGUCCCGGUGCUGCUGUCGUGCGCGCUGUCGUGCGCGGGCUCCGCGCUCCUGCUCUGCUCCCAGGCGCUCUGGCCCGAGCUGCGGACGCGCCCGCGGCAGCUGCUGCUGCACCUGAGCCUGGCCGACCUGCUCUCCGCCCUCUCCUACUUCUACGGCGUGCUCAGGGACUUCCAGGGCACCUCGUGGGACUGCGUCCUGCAGGGAGCCCUGUCCACCUUCGCCAACACCAGCUCCUUCUUCUGGACCAUGGCCAUCGCGCUCUACCUGUACCUGAGCAUCGUCAGGGCCUCCCCCGCGGGCCAGGGCUUGCUCUGGGGCUUCCACGCCGUCAGCUGGGGCGUCCCCCUGGCCAUCACCGUGGCUGCUGUGGCCCUCAGGAAGAUUGGCUACGACGCCUCCAACGUCUCCGUGGGCUGGUGCUGGGUCAACCUGGACGCCGAGGACCGGCUGCUGUGGAUGCUGCUGGCAGGAAAGCUCUGGGAGAUCCUGGCCUAUGUCACCCUGCCCGUGCUCUACCUCCUCAUCAGGAAGCACAUCAACAGAGCUCACGCUGCCCUCUCCGAGUACCGCCCCAUCCUGCCCGCAGCCCCGGCCCUGCGGCCCCGCGCCAGCCUGGCGGACAAGAAGCUCAUCCUCAUCCCGCUCAUCUUCAUCUUCCUCCGCAUCUGGAGCACGGUGCGCUUCGUGCUGACCCUGUGUGACUCCCCAGCCGUGCAGAACCCCGUCCUGGUCGUGCUGCAUGGCAUCGGGAACACGUUCCAAGGAGGAGCCAACUGCAUCCUGUUCGUGCUGUGCACCCGGGCGGUGCGGGCGCGCCUGCUGGCCCUGCUGUGCUGCAGCCCCCGCCCCCAGACCCGCGGGGACGGCGACAGCGACGGGGACAAGGACAAGGACCUGGAUGUGCCAAAGCCGCUGCUGCCCAGCACCUGA